GUACGGACAGCGCGUAGCGCGAGGAGCUCCUGCCGAUGACCAGACACCGCAGCGCGGUUUGUUCUUCGACAUUUAGUUUCGAGACAGAAGUUCAGUAAUGAGAUUUUUGGAAGAGGCUGAAAGCAGAGCUUUGGACAAACCGGAGAGGACUCAGCUCAACUUGUUGGCGCGCGGCGGCGGAGAUGCGGGGAAGAUGACGGUGACAUAGCUUCACGCGUUUGGAUCGGACUUUCCGGGGUGUGUUUGGUUCUUUGUAAAGUGUCCUCACAUGCUGAGUUGGUAAACCCGCUCUGCCUGAGAGGCUCCCGGUGGUCCCGGGGCUGAAGCGGCGCGCCGGGAUGGUGCGCGUGCUGAGCUGCCUGCUGCUCGGAUAUCUGACCUGGAAUCUGCGGAUAUCAGACGCCCAGGGAGAGUACUGCCACGGCUGGCUGGACGCUAAUGGGAAUUAUCACGAGGGCUUCCAGUGUCCGGAGGACUUCGACACGAUGGACGCCACCGUGUGCUGCGGCUCGUGCGCGCUGCGCUACUGCUGCGCGGCCGCGGACGCGCGUCUGGACCAGGGCGGCUGCACCAACGACCGGGAGGUGGACAACACCGAGUUCGCUGCACAGCCCGUCUACGUGCCCUUCCUGAUGGUGGGGAGCAUUUUCGUGGCCUUCGUGGUGGUGGGCUCGCUGGUGGCCGUCUACUGCUGCACCUGCCUGCGGCCCAAGCAGCCGACCCAGCAGCCCAUCCGCUUCUCGCUGCGCAGCUGCCAGGGCGAGACCAUCCCCAUGAUCCUCACCGCGGCGCCGCCGAGCCUGCGCGCCCCGUCGAGGCAGUCCAGCACCGCCACCACCAGCUCCAGCUCCGCCGGAGGGGGCAGCUCCAUGCGGAGGUUUUCCCUGGGGGGUCCCAGUCAGCAGCAGCAGCAGCAGCAGCAGCAGCACGGCUGCCUGGUGUCUGCCGCCGUCUCCUCCCCGGCCUCCAGUCCCACCCAGACCCCACAGACUCUACCCCCGCCUCCCCCUCCGCCCUACACGUCCCCCCCGGCGGCCCACGCCUCCACCCACACGCAGCUGCAGCUCCACCAGCCCUCCCACCACCCCUCCCAGAGCGCCGGCUUCCUCCUGCCCCAGCAGUACUUCUUCCCCCUGCAGCCCGACGCCUUCGCGGCGGCCAAGGGCUUCGCCGACUUCGGACAGAGCUGACAGAGCAACCGGGGGGGGCUUACCAGCUCUUUAGGACACGAGCUGGUGAGGACACACACACAGACACACACACACACAGCUGGAGAAGCAGAGCUGAAGCCUGAUGCUUCAAAUUCAGUGCACUUUGGCACCACUGAAGACCUCGCUGGUGUUUUCAGAGGGGAUGUGGAGGAGCCAUCAUCGGACCUGAAGUGUGUGAGACUUUGUUAACAGGGACGUAAUGGGAUUGUUUUUGUUUCUUUUUAGACAAUCGAAUGAGACACGGAACAUGUAUGGAGCAAAUGUGAACUUUUUCUGUUGUACAGACAUUUCACCCAGAUCAGGGUUUUAUCGUAUUGGUUCCUUAAUUUACAGUCAAUAAUGUCAGUAACUUGCGUGCACUGAUAUAUGUAAAAGUUUAUUAAACGACA